AUACUUACGAGAAAACCGAGGCUUGGGGAGAUAAAACUUUUUUGGGGAAAUUACUAUCAGCCUGUCAAGGAUUUAAACUAGAUUUUGACCCCCUAGAUGAUAGCAGUGAAAUAAGUUGGGAAGAAUGGGUCGAAUUAUGUAAAAAGGAAAAGAAAACUCCUACUCCUACUAACUUCUAUUUAGAACAAAUUACUCGAUAUUUAAAACGGAAAGAAAAAGAAAAAGCCCCCGUAGGAAGUUUGACGGGACUUGCCAUUGAUAAACAAAAAGAAUUAGCCGAGGGAUUAAUUAAGGCCUGA